UGUAAACACAUAUGCUUCUGCUAGGAUUUUUCGGUAUUACACAUGUGUUGUAUUAUGUGAAGCAUAAGAGAUAAAGUACAUAAAAAUGUGAUUAAUCAAUGCUGUUCUCUUCUUCAUAAACAGCAUCCACAAUCAAUUUAAAUUUUUGUGAACAGAAGAUUAUUAAAUAUGACAGUAUUUAUAUAAAACAAAGUGUGUCUGUAAUUUUAAUUCAAGUUAAAAAUAGAAUUUAAUCUCAGUGAUUUGUAGAAUGUAAUUUAAACGCAGUAUAUUAAAGAUCUUUGUUGAGUAAAUUUUAAACCAUUAUUAUUUGUAUAAAACGAUAUUUAAAAGAUCACUACAAGCAAAAUGACAGUAUCAACUGGAAAGAGUGUACGUAAACCGGAAAAAGAUGAUAAUGAAGUAAAAGAAUUGACUGAUGGACAAAUAAAAUUAAUAAAACUUCUUAUUAAGUUAUAUCACUUAAAAAAGAAACGUUUAUGUAGAAUAAUUACAUAUUUUAUUAUUAUUUUUCUAUUAUUAUUUCCUAUUGUCAGUUUAAUCCUAAUAUUGAAUGAUGGAGCUAUAUUAUCUGAUAAUUCAGAAUAUGAAGGUUAUUUUGGAACCUCUCAUAAAAUGCUUGAAAUAGUAAAUAAACUAAAAAGAUUACUUGAAAAAAAUAUCUAUAUAAAGUCUGCUCAAAAUGAAGAAUGUGCUCGAAUGCCAAAAGAGCUACGUUUUGAUUGUCAUCCUGACAAUGGAGCUUCUAUGAUUGCAUGUCAAAAUCGAGGAUGUUGUUGGGAUCCACCUAAUGAAAAUAUUAAAUCAGUUCCUUUGAGUAUACCUUAUUGCUUUUAUCCUACAAGUUGGAAAUUGUAUGAAUAUGAAAACUAUACUCGAAAAAAUAGCGGCUUCACUGGUUAUCUCAUUAAUAAAAGAUCUUCGUUUCUAAAAGAUGAUCUACCGAUUUUGAAAAUGGAAGCUAUUAAUAUUGAUGAAAAUAUCUUAGAAGUUAAGAUCUAUGAUCCUACUAAAUUACGUUAUGAACCAAAAUGGCCAGUCAGGAAACACUAUAAACCUUUUGGUCAAAAAAUGGAAAGUACAAAUUAUCGUUUUCAGAUGGAUAAUUCUAAGCCUGGCUUUCGCAUCUGGAGAUCCAAUAACCAGAAGUCUGUAGUAUUUGAUUCUUUGACAGCUGGUGGAUUCAUAUUCUCUAAUCAAUUUCUCCAGAUGUCCACUUUACUAUCGUCUUCCCAUAUUUAUGGUCUUGGUGAACACAGAAAUAAUUUAAAGUUAAAUACUACAUGGCAGACAUUGACAUUAUUUAACAGAGAUCAGGCGCCAAUAGAACACUCCAAUUUAUAUGGUUCUCAUCCAUUUUAUUUAGUUGUUGAGCAGACUGGUGAUUGUUAUGGUGUAUUAUUCUUAAACAGCAAUGCUAUGGAUAUCAUACUACAACCUACACCAGCAUUAACAUUUCGAAGUACAGGUGGAAUAUUUGACUUGUAUUUUUUCAUGGGUCCAACUCCUGCAGAUGUUCUUGCUCAAUAUACACAAAUUGUUGGAAAACCUUUUAUGCCUCCAUAUUGGUCACUUGGAUUUCAUCUCUGCAGGUUCGGCUAUCGAUCUUUGGAAAAAACCAAAGAAGUUUGGAAUAGAACUAGAGCAGCUGGCAUUCCGUUUGAUACUCAAUGGAAUGACUUGGAUUACAUGAGUAAUAACAAUAAUUUCAUAUAUGAUAAAAAUAAGUUUAAGGAUCUACCCAAAUUUGUUAAAGAACUUCACAAAAUUGGAAUGCAUUACAUUCCAUUGAUAGAUCCAGGAAUUUCAGCAUCAGAAGAAAAGGGCACCUAUCCUCCAUAUGAUGACGGAAUAAAGAAUGAUAUUUUUAUUAAAAAUUCUGAAACGAAUUUACCUUUUGUUGGAAAAGUAUGGAAUCGCGUAUCAACAGUUUGGCCAGAUUUCACUCACCCUAAAUCUCAAGAAUAUUGGUAUAAUAUGAUGAAUAGUAUGCACGAGAAUUUCCAAUAUGAUGGUGCUUGGAUUGAUAUGAAUGAGCCAUCCAACUUCUUCAACGGCCUAAUCAAUGGAUGUUCUCCAUCAAGUCUUAUGGAUAAUCCUCCUUAUACACCAAAUGUGGCUGGUGAAGUUUUGUAUUCUAAAACACUUUGCAUGAAUGCAAAACACUAUUUAGGAUGGCAUUAUGAUAUUCAUAAUACUUAUGGCAUAGCAGAAGCUGCCGUUACUCAUUUUGCAUUGGAAAAGAUUCGUAAUAAGCGACCAUUUAUCGUUUCUCGAGCUACAUGGGUAGGUCAAGGUUCAUAUUCUGCUCAUUGGACCGGAGAUGUUUUUUCUACCUGGCACGAUUUAAGAAUGAGCGUUCCAGAAAUAUUGGCAUUCAGCAUUUUCCAAAUUCCUAUGGUUGGAGCAGAUAUUUGUGGAUUUAAUGGCAAUACUACUCAAGAUCUUUGUAAUCGGUGGAUGCAAUUAGGAGCUUUUUAUCCAUUUUCGCGAAAUCAUAACACUGAUGAUGCAAUAGAUCAAGAUCCAGUAGCAAUGGGAGAUAUUGUUGUAAAAUCAUCAAGAAAAGCAUUGAUGAUUCGAUACAGAUUUUUACCAUAUUUAUAUACACUUUUCUUCAAAGCUCAUAUGUUUGGAGAAGCAGUAGCUCGUCCUCUAUUUUUUGAGUUUGUAAAAGAUCCAAAUACAUUGGAUGUGGAUUCGCAAUUUUUGUGGGGAAAAGCAAUGAUGUUUGCACCAGUUUUAGAAAAGGAUAAAGAAGAAGUCACUGCUUAUCUGCCAUCAGGAUUAUGGUUUGAUUUCUAUAAUAAAUCUUUUGUCAUUUCUAAAGGGCAAAAUUUCACACUUCCUGCUCCAGUUGAUACAAUACCUAUUCUUAUUCGUGGAGGCAAUAUUUUACCAGCUCAAACUCCUGGAAAAACGACAACUGAAAGUAGACAAAAUAAAUUCGAGUUAUUGAUAGCUCCUGAUCUACAAGAAAAAGCAGUUGGAGAAUUAUUUUGGGAUGAUGGAGAUAGUAUUGAUUCAAUUGAAAGUGGAAAAUAUAUAUUACUUAAAUUUUCAAUGGAAAAUAAAACGAUAAAAUCUCAAAUACAACAUGAUGAUUUCGAUGGGAAAAUGAUUUUGGGUAAGAUUCAAAUUAUGGGAUUCCAAUCAGAUGUUACACAAGUGACUAUAAAUAAUACAAAUGUUCCAUUUAGUCACGAUAAGAAAAGAAAUUAUUUAACUGUAAAACCAAUCCAAGUGGAUCUCAAGUAUUCAUUUAUUAUGCAAUGGAAAUAAUUCUAUAAAACUUUUGAUGGUCAAUACGUCAUACGCGUGUGUGUGUGAAUUACAAAUGUUUAUAUUCAUUUUACUCAAACACUCUAUACAAGUACGUCAAUAUUUUUACAAAGUUUAUUCAAGUUAUGUUACAAUUUUCAAAUAUGCAUGACACUAUUAGAAUACAAUAAAGAGAUGUUAAAAUA